AUGUGGUCUAGACAUACGGGCGCGGUCCCAUCAAGGAGAGCUUUCCAUGUCUUGACCUUUGCGUUUGCAUUUUGCUUCUCGCUGGUGGGGUUCCUACUAUUGACGCGCUCGCGAGACCAUUUUAUUAUUGCCCUUCCGACUGGGAAAAAGGCUGGAUCAAGCCACAAUCAAACGGAAGAAUGCGGUACUCAUUGCGACAAGGGUUUACCUUUCCUCAAGACCUCACACAGCGAACUGCCUAUACCAUACGAUCCCUAUCCAGAUUAUAAUAGUCCCGAAUGGAAGCAAAAAUGGGCAGGAAAUUUCCAGCGUUGUGUUGGUCCGGAUGGUUCCGAGUUGGAUAGUCAAAAUGUUAAUGCAGCUAUGAAGGGCUUCAAAUGGAAUGAAUUUGAUUCCCCUUCGCCGAUGUUCGGUUCCUAUGAAGCGUGGAAGCUUGAUAAUCGCUUCUGUACGAAUCGCUAUUCCCGAUAUGGUGCAUAUGGCUACGAAGAUGAUACCGAGAACCGAAAUGAAACAACAAUCUCGGGUUCUACAACAUGGGAAGGCGUCAACUGGGGCCGUUUACAUCAGGAUUGUCUGCAGCGGAAUGCCGACCGAUUCGAAAGCUCGGCGCUCGAGGAAAAGACUUGGAUUCUUCAUAAGGAUUUCGAUUUCGAUGAGGCAGCAAAUGGCACUAACGCGGAAGAGCAGCCCGAUAUUGGAACUCGUGGUCUGGUACCGGAGUAUCAUUCCCGGACGGCGGUUAUUAUUCGUGGAUGGAUCGGGAUGGACUUCUCUGAAGAUGGAAUUCAUAAUAUGCGUUCUAUGAUCAUGGAGCUCUCCCUCUUUUCUGGAGCGGAAUAUGAGGUUAUCCUUUUGGUUGACUGUAAGGAUACAGAGCUUCCACCUGCAGGAGAUGAGAAAGCACUGGAGGACUUCAAGAAGGACCACCUCCCUGAAGAGUUUCGAGAUAUGGCAGUCUUUUUCAACACCAAGAUUUUGGAAGACUGGUACCCGAAAAUCGACGACCAUGGAGCGAUGGCGGAAUACUUCCAACCAGUACAAAUCUUCUCCCGACUUCAUCCACAGUAUGAGCAUAUCUGGCAGUUUGAGAUGGAUUCCCGUUAUACUGGGCAUUGGUAUCACCUCUUGCAGCAAGCCUCGACCUUCGCGAAGCAGCAGCCCCGGAAGAACAUGUGGGAGCGGAACUCAUACUUUUAUAUUCCUUCUAUCCACGGCCCCUGGGAUGACUUUGUCGACUCUGUAGAUCAAAGCAUGAUUGACCAAGACAACAUUUUGGGACCUCGUCCAGCUAAUGGAACCUCAUUUGAAUCGUUCAAGGAUGAAACGCCCAUGCCUCCACAAGCAGAGGAUGAUAUCUGGAGCUGGGGUGUAGGUGAGGACGCAGAUAUCAUGACUUGGCUACCAAGCUUUGACCCCACUCACACUGGCUGGCCAUUCCGUGAUCAUCUGUCAAAUUUCCCAGCACAGGAAAACAUGCCGCGUCGAGUUUCCAUCGUUGCGAUGUCCCGUGUCUCAGCGCGGUUGUUACGACGGAUGCAUGUGGAUAAAGUGAACCUGGGAUUGGGAAUGCACUCGGAAAUGUCUCCAUUAACCUGGGCUUUGUUCUAUGGAUUGAAAUCAGUCCAAGUCCCUCAGCCUAUAUAUCACGCGCACAAGUGGGAUCCUGUGGAUUUGAAUGGCAGGGCUAAUCCUGGUGAACCAGGAUCCAUCAAUGCUGGGGGUGAUAGCAUGUGGAAUCCUAAUCCGCAGACAGCUGAGGUGCUGCUGAAUAUUACAUACAUGUUCGCCACGCCGUUUCCUGAGCGUCUUUAUCGUGCUUGGCUGGGCUAUGACGAGGGAGAAGAAGUCGAUCCAAUCUGUUUGCCUCCGAUGUUGUUGCACCCUGUGAAAAACACGAAGAGGUGA